AUGCUAAUUGCACUCAAAACACUCAAAAUCCAAUAUACUUGUCAGUUCAGUUGUGGUUUUGAAAUACCACACCAAACAACUAGAGACAUCAAAGAUAAUUGGGACAGCAUGACAUCUCUUAUAGAUCAAAAUGACAAAUGGGCUUCUUAUGCUGCACCUGGAGGAUGGAAUGAUCCUGACAUGCUUGAAAUUGGAAAUGGAGGCAUGAGAGAAGAAUACUGUGCUCAUUUUAGCAUAUGGGCAUUAGCUAAGGCUCCUCUAUUGAUUGGCUGUGAUACGCGAGCCCUUGAUAAGACCACAAAGGAACUACUAAGCAAUUCAGAAGCUAUUGCUGUAAAUAAAGAUAAACUAGGAAUUCGAGGAAAGAAGGUGAAAAGUAAUAAUGGUUUGGAGGUUAUUUUCUUUUGA